UCCUUUUAGUAUGCUAAGGUCACAUUAAUUUAAUUUAUGUUAUUGGUUUUUUUGUUGUGAAAUUAUGUUUGUUUUAACUAAAGAUGAGGAAAAGUUUGUUUUGUUGCCAGUUAAAAAGAUCUACACCGUUGGUCGCCUUGCCACGGAUUUGAUUGUUUCGCAGGAUCUCAGUAUAAGUCGCAAUCAUGUGCAACUUGUUCUCCCGGGAGAUGGGGACGAUGACACACUGCAAAUGGAGGACCUUGGAUCCAGAUAUGGGACCUUCAUUUUCAACAGGAACUCAACAAGACCACGGAAAGUUAAUUCCAAAACGAUGACUCCAUUGCCUGUGGGAAUUCGCGUAAGAUUUGGCGCAAACUUAAGCGUUUGGCAAGUGACCCGUCUAAAGUUGGUCACUAGUGUGUCCGCUCUGACGCGACAUGAGAUAGAGGAGCUGGCGGAGAUGGUCAAGCCCAUGAGUGGAAUUAUAAGUUCAAACUGGACCAGUGAAUGCUCUCAUCUCACUAUGAACGAAGCCUCGGUAACCGUGAAACUCCUGCACGCUAUGUUGGAUAACAAACCGAUCGUGACCUUUGCUUACUGGAAAAAGUUGCUCCAGGCUGCACAAAGCAUACAUGUCAAAGAGGGAUGGCCACAGCCAGAGGAUUACCAGCCGACCAAUAUGGAUGUCACCUGGCGUCCCGAACGGACCCGACUCUUUGCCGGCAAGAUUUUCAUUUUCAUGAAUCGGAAACAUUUUGAAAUGUACGGAUCAGUUGUACAGAAAGCUGGCGCAUCUUGUAAGGAUAUAAAUUCAGGUGUGCGCAAAACAUUCCUCACCAAGAGUGACGUGAUAGUUAUUCAGUAUGUUCCUUCAACUCAGUCUCAGGCCACUGAAUCGAUCAAUAGCAUUCAAGAUGUUUUGGAGCAAAGUGGUCGGCGCAUUAUUCAAGAGUACGAGAUUGGCAUGGCCUUGAUACAUUGCUCCAUCAAAGAGUUCUGCAACCCAGCGCACAAAUUCAUAAUCUCCGAUUCAAUGCCUACCACGGAAUCUGUAACUUCCUCAAUGGCCUUUAAUUCAUCGAUCAUUGUGCCCAACACUGAGCGUAGUUCCGCCCAAUCCAGUGGUCCAGUCAUUUCAGAACUAGUAGUGCCCGAGUCGGAAGCGUGCGAUGUGGCACAAGAGGUUUCCAAACACAUUUCAGAACCUCAAACAUCUACAAAUUCUGUGCGUAAGCGAGGCCAUGCCAUAAUAGUUGACUCCUCGGAUGAGGACCAGAAUGCAGCUUCGUCAAAGAGAUCCAAACCGGUAAGCACCGCCAAGGAAGUUAAUAAAAAUGCCAAGAGCUCCACAUUGAUGGAUUCAUCUGAAAAAGAAGAAGCUGUAAAACCACCAGCUCCAGUUCCUGGUUCGAAUCAACGUAUCACAAGGCGAAGCAAGGUCAUCUGUGAUGAGAAAACCGUAGAACCAACUGUUCUAGCUCCAAAUAAGCACAAGGCAGAGACGGUCAAGCCCGUCUAUUGCAUAGAUUCUUCAGAUGAGGAAAACAAAAAUUCCGAAGAGCCAAAGGAAGCAAAAGCUCCUGUUAUCAAUAUCCCUUCCAAAAAGAAUCCAGAAGUGUCAGGUGUCACCAGGAUAUCACCACGUCUCAAUACUAAAUCUGUAGCUACAAAUAUUACUAACAAACCGACGGAAAAGAUGUCAAUACCAGCCAAAGGUCCUGUUCUACCUGUGGCUGUAGAUGACGAAGAUGAUAAUGAGGAUUUGUUCCAGUUCCGGAAAACUCCAAAAAAGUCAUCGGAGGCGGCUGUGACGCAAUCAGUUGGCAAGGAAAAACUGUCAGCCAGAAUAAGUGUAAUAAACUUUCUGGAAAAAUCCCAGCCGCAGGAGCCAACCCCCCCAGUAUCGUCCCAAUCCCAAACGCAACCUCGUAAACGUUUGCAUCUGGAAGUCCUUAGCGAAAGUGACAGUGACGACUGUGAAAAUCCUUUUAACUUUGCUGACAGUAAAAGAAAAAAGAAGGAACAGAAUAUGGAAGAUUCCACCGAUGGCCUGUUUAACUUUAACUCGGAAAGACCAAGUAGUGCCGUUGACCAAGACUCCGUGCUCACUGAACCCUUUCUACCGGAAUUGGACAAGAAAAAUAAAUCAAAAUACAUAGUGGUGCAGCGGAAGGAGCUGCCCAAAAAAGUGGAUAUCAGUGGUUGGUUAUCUUGUAGCAGGCUACAUGAUGAUGUCAAGCACGAGGCAUAUUCAGAUCGGCAAGUUAAGCUGGAAUCCUCAAUUAAAGCAGAUCCCGACGAAGAGAAGUGGCUAGCCGCCAUGCAAGACAACAUUCAGGUGCGCAUGUGCCAGAUGAAUAUUGUCAAUCGCACUGAAAAGGAUCUGGACGCUUCACUUCAGGAUUCUGUGAGCAAGUACGGAGGGCGUAAGAACUUUAAGAAGUUUGUCAAGACGAACAAUCCUCAUCCCCAGAAGCGAAUUGUAGCUCUCAAGAGUUUGAAGCUGGUUGAUGGUAUGGUAACCUGCUUAUAAUUUUAGUCAUCAAGAUGUAUAUCUAAACGUUAUCAUGUCUUAUCCAAGUUAUGUGAAGUUACUUUAUUUUGCUUACAAUAAAUUUGCGAAAUAUA